AUGCUUGAAACCGACGUUAUUAUCGUUGGCGCGGGACCGUCAGGCCUAGCCUUGGCCUUAUGCCUAAGCAAAUUUAAGAUCCGCUCUGUCAUUCUCGAAAAAGAGCAUGACAUUUGCGAGGACCCUCGAGCCAUCGCGCUCACGGGGGAUUCGCUUCGUAUCCUCAGUCUUCUCGACGUAUCCGACGAGGACAUGCACAGAAUUGGCCAGCCCAUUCCAUCGCUCAACUUCCACAACGGCAAUUUCACCUCUGCGCCUUAUCUUACGGUCGACAUUGUACCGGACUGGUCUUCGCAGGCAGUACUCGAAACGCUUCUAAUGCUACAACCAGGCCUGGAACAGAUGUUGCGCGAUAGAAUCCAUGCCUCGCAUUACACGGAGCUCAAGUUAGACUGCGCCGUGACUAACAUUCUGCAAGACGACAGUGGCGUUGAAGCGGUAUAUAAGGUUAGAGGAGCAAACAAUGAGUCCGUCAUUCGAGGCAAAUACCUCGUUGGGGCCGACGGAAAACGCGGAGUCGUUCGAAAGGGAUACCUCGAAGAAAGAGGCAUCAAGCAGGAGACAGGACUUUUCCCGUAUUCCGCAACAUGGAUCGCGGCCAACUUGCGCGUCAACAUGCCCACGCCACAAUCCCAUCCUGACUUCCCUCUCUGGGAACUUGGGUAUGAGCCGGAGGAGCUUUGGGAUCUUUACUGGCCGGCAGCUUUCCACUUUUGCUCCGACGCUGCGAUGCCCGUGGCCACUGGGCGCUUUGGUCCCAUCGAUGAAAAAUACUGGAGGUACAUCUUGCGCUCCCCGGAAUACGAUCUGUUCGCUCACUUGGAGCAACAGAUGGAGAAGCACCUAACUCUUCCGCCAGCACGCCUGCGUUUUACUCAGAAAGUGGUGAACAGAUGGCAUGACGGAAAAGUCAUUUUGAUUGGCGAUGCGGCACACGUAUUUCCUCCUUUCGGUGGACAAGGUGUUGCCAACGGCCUUAGAGACGCGUUGGCGUUAUCAUGGCGGCUCGCGCUUCUCUGCCAUUGCAAGGACCCAAGCCUAAUGCAGCGACAAUCCGACGAUCUUCUCAAUGCCUGGACCCGCGAGCGACGUCGCGGCGUCGAUGAUGGCGCGAGGCUGACCGCCGCGAACAAAUCCUUCUUGCGAAACAAGUCUAGAGUUGUCUCCGCGGCCGUCCAGUUCGCCAGCCGUGUCCUCGGCUAUGUGCCAUACGUUCAACAAAACCUAUUACAGAAUCAUUUCUCUGAUGCUUCUGGAUUCAUCGGCGUCGACAAUGGUUUCUUCCUGGAGGCCGAGGGCGGUGGAGGCAAAGCCGCUCAGGUUUUUGUCAAAGCUACAGAGGGCCACAUCAAGUUAUCGGACAGUUUUUUCUGGACUGGUACGACGUUGACUCUACUGCUACUAGGUCAGCCAGCGCGGGACGAGUUGACGAACAUCCGUCGCGCCGUCGAUGGUGUAAAGCUCCCUGCCGGUUUUCUCGCGGAUCGCAUCGUCUUUCUUACACAAAAGGACUCGCCCAAUAUCGGCUCGCCGGAUUGGCAGCCGGAGUCGAAGUUGGAGGAGUUGGAGCCAGCAACUCUCGAUGACUUGCGAGAAGCGGGUAUCGUGCCACGUCCGCUUUAUGAUCCUGUAACGCUUAGGAGCAGAUUUCGCGAGCAGACGAAGUAUGUACUCAUGCGUUCCGAUUUCAUUGUGUUCUCUCAAGCAGCCUCUCUGAAGGAUCUCGAAACCCAGCUGAAACGUGCUGGGAACAUGAUCAUUCUCGUUUAA